GCUGAUUUCGACAAUAGGGAGCUUUUACGUUUCGGUUUGUGCUCCUCUUUUAACUAUAGGGGUAAAAGAGGUCGAUAACAACAACAACAAAAGAAAAAAAUAAAGUUCGUAAGGUACAUUGAAAGUGGUAUAUCCGACGCCAUCUUGUUCAAAUACUUCCACUCUGGAUUUAUACUUUAGGAUUAAUACCAAUGCUUGCAAUUGCGAGUCGCUUAAUCAUCCGGCAGUAAGGUUAGCGGAUGACUCGUGUAUCAUGUAGUGACGUGCAUCCUGCCCUCUCUUCUGCGUCUUCAGAGAUGACGGACGGACUCGACAACGAGAAAGGAGACAUUACAAUGAACAAUGGUCAGUCUGACACCACGAGAGGGCGCUGUUUUAAGGUGGCCAUCACGGUGUUUCCAGCCAUUGUUUGGGUCUUAUACCUCUGCGGCGGUGCCUGGAUGUUUAGCAGCAUCGAAGGACCGCAGCUCAUGCUUCAGAGACAGGCGGAAAGGGACUACUUUGCAAAUAUUGUCAUUGAGGCAUGGGAGAGGGGGCGGAGAUGCAACAUUAGCGGAGAAUCUUACUCGGUAGUGAAUGGAACGAACAAAACUGACUGCCAAAUAGCUGACCUCGCCGACACCAUCGUAUUCGAAAUUCACCAGGAUAAGGGCCUCGAGUGGAGUUUCCUCGGGGGCCUUCAUUUCUGUCUCACUAUUGUUUCAACCAUUGGUUAUGGCAUCCUAGUUCCUCGAACUCACACUGGACGUCUCUUGUGUCUCCUGUAUGCUAUCAUCGGUAUUCCCCUCAAUAUCACUCUUAUAGGAUGGGUGGGGCGAGGGAUUGUCUGUGUCGUCACGAAAACCUACCAAUCGCUCCACAAUCUGCGUAUGUCGUGCCAAGAAAAACGCGGAAGACGCGUCGAUGUCCGUCCACCACGCUCUGUUAGUACCUUAAGCAUCAUUGGUCCCAAUCGGAUCAACGCCGCAAAUCAGAGUAACCAUGACAAAGAGAUGACAAAGAACAAACGAGACUCCAGUUUUAUCAAUGGAGCGGUAGAGCAAUCUGACUCCGAUACGGAUGUGCAGGUGCAUGGUGGUAACAAUCAAUUUGCGUUUAGACCGAGGCAAAACGGCCUAUUGCUGGCGCCCAACCAUUCAGCGGUAAAGCAAAGUGGGGGUAAUAAAACGGAAAGUUCUGGAGGAGGGGAUACAGAAAAUGAGUGGGAACAUCCGUCAAAGGAACAGGUCACCCGUGAUUCGCAGAUGCGAGAUAUCAUCAACGGAUCUGUAAACCAUGGUGAUCAUGGAUACAACAGGAGUGACACAACCAUUGUAGGUGUAGAAGAAGAUGGUCCCAUUGUAUCGGACAACGAAAUCAACGAGAACAACAGCAAUAUCAACUCCAGUGAUGGCAACAGUUCUUCAGGAACCAACGGUGCAAGUGUACCUAUAUGGUUUGUUUUGCUGUUCUUUGCAGCGUACCUUUGUCUGACUACUCUCUUGAUCUAUUAUUCUAACUUUGUGCCAGGGGGCUGGUCUCUCAUUGAUUCUUUCUAUUUCGAUAUCAUCACCAUCUCGACGGUAGGGUUUGGGGACAUGUUUUAUUACACGAGAGGCCAAUCCUUGACACAGGAGCAGAAGACAUCGGCCACCCUGGUAUCCAUCACCAUGAUGAUCCUUGGUAUGUUGAUGCUCUCUGCAUUCCUCUCAUUCGCCGUGGAAUCUUUCACGCUCAACAAUGCAAAACGAUGGUUCGAUGACGUGUUUGUUAAAUGCUGGGAGAGACUGUUCUGCAGGAAGAGGAAAAGGAAAAGGGACAAACCAGCUCGCUGACAUCAAGAUAUAUUGCCUCUUAAAAGGACAACACCCGCCAAAAUUUUGCCACAACGUGUGCCUGUAGUUUUAAAAUUAGCAAUCGUCAGAAGUGAAACAAAUUUAGUUUCAUAGCGUUAAGUUUAAAGUGUUAUUCAAACUAUUCACAUCUGUAAAAUGAUGCAUGUUCCCUACACUCCACCUUCUCAUACAAAGAUAUCAGUUGAAAUAACAAGUAUAUCAAGCUUGUAAGCUCUAAAGGAGCUUGUGAAAAUGAUGAAACCAAAAUAGUAGUCGAUAAUUCAAUAAGGCAUCGAACAUGGUCAAUGUGUAGAAAGAAAUAUUAAAAUUUCAUUUUAUUUCGACCAAGUUCCGAUGUCAAUGGUAUAUGAAAAUCAACAUUUGGAAGAAUUACGCGUUGUUCUUCAGGGUAAAUUGAAGGUUUAUCCAAAUGAUUUUUUUUGCUGAUUUACUCUUUUAUUCUAACGUUACCAUUUUACUGUCACGUGUUUGCUAUAAAUUUUACAAAUCAUACGAACUUUCGAUGGAAUUAUUUAUAUACAAUUGGGGAUGGGGGUAUUGGAAGACUCGUUAGAAUCUGUUAGAAUCUAGUACAAUUGUUUACAUUAUCUUGAUGUUAUAACUCUCCGAAUCCCUCAUUUCCAAAGUUUAUGCAAACAUUCGCCAAAGUAGAAAAAUAUCGUGAUUACUAUAGCAAGAACAAACUGUUAUAUGGCAUUGUCUAGAAUAAGUGUUCCGGGAAUGAAUCAAAUUCAUAGCAUUUUAAAAUAAAACACCUUUAGGUAAAUGUCUAACAUGACCAAUUGUAUACAAAGCGAGGUCACAUACGUUUGAUUGUGAAAACCGAAUGCAUUACUAAAAGAAAGUAAUGAAACAAAUUCCGAUUGAUCCAGGUAAAUGUUAAAUUGAAACCAUACAAUAAUUAACCACGAGGUCAAGACACACUAUGAGAUAAUACAGGUCUGAUCUAUUAGGUUGUGUGAUGGUAUCUAUCAAAAGAAGCCUUUUAAGGUUACGAAUGAUGCGCGUGUUGGCAAUAUUCGCGAUUUGGUCUAUUUGCGAUGUCCCUUCAGGGCCACCCUACAAGAUCAGUGGCGACAUUUUUGUUCAAAGAUCCAUCGUCAACCGUUGGAAUAAAAUGUAAACCUACUAUUAUGGCAUCUAUGCCAGUAUGAUAGCUAACGUGGGAACUGGGUACAGCAGUCAAAUAACAUAAAAAAAAAAAGAAUUCAUGAUAUUUAGUAUGAUAUUUAAGUCACAAAUCAUAGUAGGUUUUUAUUCAAAGGCAACCUGGUGUCCUGAUUUCCAUAUGUUAGUACUUUAUCUACUACAUUCUUUUUAUAAUAAUUAUACCUAUCUAUUAAGAGACGUCAUAUUCAUGAUUUGAUAUAACCCUUUUAUAUACUUUAAUUUGGUUUUUAAUGGUCAACAGACCCUAUUAAUAAUUGUAAUGUACAUUUUAAAUAUUCAAAAGUAGGAGAAUAGGUGUUCAAUUCCAAUAUAAAGGUUAUACUCACGAUCUCUGCUUGAAAAAAUGUUUUUUCCAAUUUUAUCACUUAUAUGCAUAUAGGCUGAAUAAUUUUAACAUAUCAUCAGUCUUAGCCUUUUAAACCAUCAUAUUUGUUGCGAUCGGGUUUGACAUAUAUUGGUAAUUUUAGUAGAAUAUAUUUUAUAAUAUUAGUAAAUAUUUAUAUACAAA